AUGCUCCGGAAAUGUAUCGUUUGGACGUUGAUCGUGUUACUCUUCAUAGAAAUUUCCUGUCAAAAAAAUGUGACCGAGAUUGACGACAGAUACGAUCAGAAGAACUGUGUGUGAUUUUAUGAUGCUUCGAAGAAUGAUUUCGAGUUCCAGUUGCUCUAAUAUGUUAUUCGUCGGCGGACAAAAGUCGGAUGGUCAGGUGUGCAACCGGAUGUGUCGAGAAGUCGAUCGUCUCGAAAUACCGGACCAACGGAGCGUCAGUUUCAUUAGAAUUCGUAUGCGGAAUGCGGAAUUUUUUGCGAAAUUUCGUGGAGGGGGGUCAAUUUUUACAAAUUAAAAGAAAACUUUUCGUUUCGAAGAAUACUCGCAAAAAAAAAACCAAGAAUCUCUUGUUCAAGUUUCUUCCCUUUAUUUCAUUUCAGACACUCCACUGACUAUUACUACCGUCUCGGAUGUGACUCCGAGACCUUUGAGUGAGUUUGAAUGGAGCGUUAGGACACAAUUACAUAUCAUGUUCAGUGACACUCUCAAUAACAUGAAAUGCAAUCGGAAAGUGAGAAGAGGUCGGGACUACUCAAUCGACUACAUGAUCAAAGGGAACGACGCCCGCGACGCGCGUCUCUGGGUCCGCAAGACGUGCUGUUUCAGUCGGCUCUGCAAUAAUCCGACGGGAAGAUCGCAACGUUUCUGGUUCAAAAAGGACGAGAACAUCGUGACGCUGAUUCGGGGCAAGUACCAGUCGAGACAGCUGCUGCCGUUCCUCGUCUUUGCUCUGGUCUUCGGACUCGCCACCUACGCGGUCCUUUCGCUCAUUCGCAACUGGCUCAAGAAGAAGAAACGGGCGGAGGAGGGGCGGAAUUGCAGUGAGUUGGAGCAGGAUAUCAUUCUCGAGUCGGAGUUCCAGGAGAGCACUAUCAUUGACGUAAGAGCCCAUCUUCGAUUCCGAUUCAGUUGACCACUUCCAGACUAAAAUCGAAGUAACCGGCCGGCUGAGCAUCAAAGAGACCGCCUAUCUUCUGGCGAAACUUCCGGAUUUGGACCUGGUGAAAGACUCGAGACUCAAGUCAAUGUCAUCCGAAGAAUCGUCCUCGCUCAAAGAGAAGACGGUGGUGGAGAGCGAGGUCGCGGUGGACUUGAAGAAGAUUCGGACCGUUAUGUUAAAGUCCCCGUUGAAAUCUCGGGCCUCCGGGUGGGGACACACCCUCUUGAACACCGUCAGAACUAUCAGCUCUCCCUAUGAUCUGCUCUACAGGAUGAUCGAACACGGUCCCUAUCAGUAUCCGUUCACUGCACUCGAACUGCUCUCGGUGCGUCUGUGCUUUUGCUUUUGUGCUCCAAUUUUGGUUUCAGCUCUUCGAAGAGACGGCGUUUCGAAUGGCCGAAGAGCCGUCUCUUCUUCAGAUCGACGCCGAGAUCACUGUGUUCGGUGACAUUCGCGGAAGAUACGUGGAUUUGCACCGUUGGCUGCAACUAACCGGAUGGCCUCCUGAGAAUCGGAUCCUCUUCCUCGGGGGCAUUCUAGAUAGCGACGAGCCCGGAUCUGUCGAGUGCCUCGCUCUGAUCUGCUCGUUAAAGGUGAUCGAUCCGGUCUUCCGCCGAUCUUCUAUCCAAUUCCCUUCCAGUGUCGCUUCCCCAAACACGUCUUCAUACUGCGCGGCGAACCCGAGACUUCCCCAUUCCGAAUGUCGAACCGCCUCCAUCCGAUCAUCACCCGCGCCGUCGAGGGUUGCAUCAAGCGAAUGUGCUCGCAAAUGCCGUUUGCCGCGAUCAUUGGCAAGUCGGCGCUCGCCGUCCACAGCGGAUUCUCGCCGAUGAUCCGCGAGAAGGCGCACAUCCAUCACCUAUUCCGACCGGUCACUUCCGACAAUUUGAACGCCGUCGAGCGGCACAUCAUCUUCAAUCAGCCGUCCAACAAAGUCAGGAUGUAUCGGCCGAAUCCGAGUGAGUUUCAGGGAUUCUCUGCAGACAACGAAUGGGAAGUAUUCAGAAGGCGAUGGGGAUUUUUUUGGGAAGCAGGCGGUGAAGAGAGCCUGCCGAGCGAUGCGGUGCAAUGUAAUGAUCAGAGGACAAUCCCCGGUCCCCUUCGGAUACCUGCCCUGCUGGAACAACCGUCUCAUCAACCUGUGGUCCGCGCCCGGAUACGGUUCCGACUACGGCGCCGUUCUGUCCAUCUCCAGGACCUCGUGA